GCUCUACAGAGUGCCUCAAAAUUAACAUUUUUUAAGGCUGCGCCUUAGUGGCUUGGGCCAAUUUUUGCAUUUCAUGCACUCAACGGUACUACACAGAGAAGCGUCCCACACCACACAGACCUCUGGGUCUUCCGGUCUAUUACGGAUGUUGUGUUUGGAUAUACCAGGACCUCACAACAGACCACCACGAGGACCAUAAGCAGAUGCAUUAAACAGAAAAAAAUAAUUACUCGACACGGAUAUUCAUACGGUUGCAACGCUCAGAGGUAAAUGGACAUACUCGAAAUAACGAAUAAUAAAUGACCGUCCGCGAGCCAGGGACUACGCGCGCCGACCACAUCGGCAUUUCAUAAGAGCAUUGCAUGUCCAAUAAACCAUUUGGGUACCAUGGAUGGCGAGUUACCACCAUGGAAUAAACAUGGAAGCCAUGACAGCAGGCUUCCCUAUGAUACAGCAGGGGAACGUCAGGAGGAGCAUGACGUGAUAGGAGACAGUUUUGCUGCUGGAGAACAAAUGACACCACUGUCAUCUUGUAUGAGUGGUGCAUUUAAGGCUUUGCUACCAGAUUACCAUGGAACUUCUUCAGCAAUAUUAACAAACUCCGAUAAAUAUUCCUAUUCUCCUGAUAAACAUUGUCUCAUCCAACCUGACACUGCAGUGGAUGAAAAGUUAGCAGUGGAGAGAAGGAAAGAAAGUGAUUGUUUUAAAGACCCUUUGGGUGAAGCAUUAGCUAGUGCCACACAUAUGGUUCCUCUCAGGUGUGCCCAAUAUGUGACACACGAAAAGAACAGAGAAGUGGACCAGGGAAAUGGUAAUUGGACAUCAGUGAUCAAAGAUUCUUUAGAGAUGAGUAAUGGAAUGGAAAUGGAACAGACUUUAUCCAUGGAUGAACGUGGCCCCUUAAUGGACUAUAAUCCUAUAUAUAAAGGACCUGAAACUGAGGCAAAUUUUAGAUUUAAGGACCACUAUCAGAUUGCAGGUUCCAAACUAAACGAGAAGAUAGAUGGGGACGGAGUAAAAGAAAACUCGGAUUUCUUUAUGUCAAUGUUGUCAGAUGACAUUAGUAAAAAUAAAGAUGUUCUGGAAAUGGGAAAACAUGAGGAGCGAAGCAUAUUAGAUGUUGGAUCAUCUCUAGGAAAAGAGGAACUUGGAAUUACUGGAAUCAGAAAACAUGAGGCAGUGUUAUCACCAGGAUUCAACAGGAGUUCAUUCAUUUCUUUUUCUUCAUCAGAAAGUCUUAUGAAAAGCGAACAGUUUCCAGGUAAUCUUUUGCACAAUCAGUCUGUUGAUCACACUCUCCAGGGAACAACACAACAAUGUGGGCUAUCGUGCAAAGGUGUCAGUCCUAGAAAAACUGGCAGCACAAAUACUGGCUUCAAACAUGCAGAAGAAAACAUUGAAACUGCUCCUGAAAGUUCUACUGUAUAUGGUCUUCAUCAUCUUGAGCUUCAAAAGGGCUGUCACCAAGCAGAGGUUACAGAUGGAAAAACAGUUAAUUCUCAGGAUCUUUCCUCACAGCACAAUGUGCAAGAUGAGAGAGUAAAGACAAGCAAUCCACAUGUCUCUGAGACUACAGUAAUAAAACAAAAUUCUGCAUAUCUGCCCAACAGUCAAUACUUGGGCAGUAAGCUAAAAAAGCAAGUUUAUGAUCUUGUACCAACUCCAUCCUCAGUGGGCAGUCAUAACACAGCUGUGGUGGAAUAUGAAAAUGACAAACUGCGGAUCCCAACAGAAGAAAGAAUCUCUGAGAACAGUCUACCUGUGCCAGGAAAAAUAGAAACUAAUGAUAUUCAAGAGAAAUCUAUAAACACCAAAACUGAACUCAGUCUAAAGGUAGAAACAAAAUGUGCCCCUGAAAUUCAGAACUCUUCUUCAGAAUCAGAGACGGUUCCAGAUCUACCUGUUGUAUCCAACAGAAUUCACACUGAUUGUGAAUGCCAAGAUUCUCAGUUUGAGCCAGUCGAAAGUGGCAAAUUAGAUGAGCUUUGUUUUCAAGAGAGCAAUUCAAAAAAUGUGACAUUGACACUUACCUCAACUUCUGUGUUUACUCAAAGAAAUGCAGAUGAAUGUGAUAUUAAUGUCCAAGAAAAACAAAACCCAAUAAGUCUAAGUACAGUUCUUCUGCCUUUUAACGAGAAUGUAAAAAACUCUGAAAGAAGUGAAAAGGUACUUCUCAGCAUUACUUCAGAAAGCAGUAUUCCUCCAUCUACUGAGAAUAUUCAGGAAGCUCCACCUACUCCCACAUCGAGGACGGACUGCUCCUCUCAGCAUAACCUACAAAAAGCAUCGCAAAGGAAUAAGAAAGCAAGAAAAAGAAAACAAUCUGAACUUGAGGCAUUAAAAGGACCAAUACACAAAUCUAAUAAAAGAGAUGACUGUUCUAUGUAUGGAUCAGAAAAACUAGACACAACAGGAUGUGAGAAAGAUAAUCAAAAUGUUUUAUUGGCUGAUCAUGACAGCACUGCACCAGAAGAGGACUUAAUUACAUAUGGUGAUGUAAACCCACUUGCACCCAGUAAAAAAUGUCGGAUGGUACAACUUAAGCUACUGGAAGAUACAGCAGAGACCUCACAAAAGCCUGAUCAGUUCUGCUCUGAAGCCUCACAGGAAGAAGUACCAUCAAAUGCUAGCAUCAACAGGAAGGCUGUGUCUAGAAAGAAACUGAAGAAAAAAACAAGGUUACGUUUAAAGGCAAAAAACUCUGCUAUUCUUGACAAUCAGGGUUCGUCUCAAAGCACUGUCUUGUCCCCAGAAGAGGACUGUAAAUCACUUUUUCCGGCCAGUGACACCACUCCAAUGAAAGGAGUCAGUAAUCCAGCAGUAUUGGAACAUGCCACCUCUAGUCUAGAGUCCAUUUCAAACAAAUUACUAAAGUCCAGAAAAAAGGCUACAAAGCAAACACUACAAAGCAAAGAUGAUCCACAUAAAGAUGUUCCCACGUUGUUUUCAGAAGCUGAGCCAGACAUGGAUGUCAAAGGGCUUCCUUUAAAGGUUUCUACAGGAAAAAAUAGUAAUGCUACUAGUCUGCUGAAUAGACAGUCUUCACAAGACUCUGAGGGUCAAACAGAUUCUGUUUCAACCUCAGUGACUGAAUCUUUGAAAACUCUAAGCCCUCAGAAUAACCCAAAGAAAUCAAAGCAGAAGAAAAGAGCGCAUAUCAACAAAUCAGCAAAAACACCCAACGUGUGUCCACAAGAGGAUAUGGAAAACACGAUGACUCCUAAAACUAAAAAUGUGAAAGCAAAGAGUCCUAAGCAACCAGAUUCUGUUUCAAAUGUAGGAAAUGAAGUCGAGCCUCCUGUUAUUCUCAGAACACCAAGAAAGUCACCGAAAAAUAAAUUGUCACGGAUUAAAUGUGAAGCAAUACAUCUACCUGAAUUUGACCAAACAACAACUCAACAAAGUGCUUUAGAUGCACUUGCAGAAUCUGAUGUCAGCAUUGUGCAACCAACUACAAAAAGAACAAGAAAAAAACUUGAUAAAAAUGUUUCUCAUAAAACAGUCGGUGAGAACUGUGAACCCGUUCAUAUGACUCUUUCUUCAGUUGAUUCUGUGAAUGCUACAGAAACUGACUAUUCAGGUUUCAGCCAAAAGAACACAGAAAAGCCAUCAAGUAAGAGGAGAACGACAGACAUCAAGUUUAUAGAAGCACAAUCAUCUACUACUAGCCAACAGGACGAUGUCACUUUACCACCCUCAGAAGAUUUUUCAUCUAUUGUGGUUUCAAAUCCAGAAGAGACUGUGAAAGCCAGAUUUUCUAGAAACAAAACAAAUGACAACCACUUAAAUGGUAAUUUGGUAGAAGAAACAUCUUUGUUAGCAACUGUGACACAAGAAAGUUCUGUUUUACCUCCAGUGAUUGACUCUUCAAGCUGUUUUAGACUAAGCAGCCCAAUGAAAAAGCCAAGAAAAAUCAAAAAUGAGGCUGCAGAAAUACUCAGUGUACACCAGCAAGAAGAUCUGGCCGCAGUACCCUCAAAAUCUGAUGUAAACAUAGUAGCCUCCAGUUCACAGCCUCCAGUUCACUCCAGUUUAAAAGAAAAAAGAACUGUGGAAAAGGCAAUUAGGCAGGAAAUUAAGGAUGACCAUUCAGCUGCUCUUUUCAAAAUGCAGGCUUCUACACUCACUCUGAAGCAAACAGAAUGUUUUUCAACUUCAGUUCACAGCACAGCAAAAGAAUUUAGGAAAAUGUCUGACAUUAAACACGAAGCAGUACAUACACCCUCAGCUGACCAGACAAUGCAACAAGAAAUCCAUCCAUUUGAUUUUACAUCGGCCGCAGAAACGGAUAAUUCAGAUGUCCUCAAACAAAAGAAGACAAAAGUGAGGAUAAAAAAACAGCCUAAAAAGGCCACUAAAUGCAAAACACACAUUACCCAAGCAAUCAGCGACAUUAGAGAACAAUCUACAGUGCAACAAGAAAAUUCAGCUUUAAACAGAAAGACAAACUCAUGGUCAGAAGCCAUGACAAAGAAAUGUAAGGAAAAUAGAACAUUUGCACUGGAAGUCAUCAAUGAUCAACCAGAGGAUGUGGUUCUGCCUCCACCAGUAUCUCAGAGUAAGGAUGCAACACAAGACCCUUGCAUAAAGACAGACAAUGUGAAUGAAACAGCUGAAAGUCAUGUUGAAAACCAGGUUUUCAUUACAACUAAAGAUGUUGCCAGCCCUCGGGGCUCACAGAAGAAGGCAAAGAAAACACAAAAUAAACAAUUGCUUGAGCAAAAAGAAGAGAAUGAGCAAAGCAAUAACCUAGAGCUGGCUCACAGAGAGGGCAAAAUGUCAGAUUUACCAUCUGUUGUGAGAGGGGUAGCCACUGAGAAUUCUGAAACAGUCAGCUGUGACCAGCAUUUAAAGAUUGCUAAGAAGAAAUCAAAAAAAUCAAUGGAAAUUGCAGAAGCACAUGGAUUUACUAGUGUUUCUUUGUCUCAAGAGAACAACAUUGGAUCAGAUGAGGCAGGUGUCAUGGUCACUGUCACACAGGCUGCAGAUUUAUGUAAACUGUCUGAUAGUCAGACCGAAGGCUCACAGCAGUCUGAAAAAGAUGUUGCUAUGGUUGACCUCAAAGCCACAAAACCCCCUAAGAAAAGGGGUAGAAAACCUGGACGAAAGAAGAGGAAGAUGGCUUGCCUGUUAACUCAAACCAAUAAAGAAGAGGAACAUAAAGAUAUAUGUUAUGACAACAGAACUCCCUGUGAUUUUAAAAACAACACACAAAUUCAAACUUCUGAUAUUCCAGGAGAACCCGUACUGAAAUCAAGAAAAUCAACCCGCACACAAAAAAUAAACUCAGGUAUAGUUGUUGAGAAUAUGUUAACCCAGGGCAAGAGCACACUCUCUUUAGACAUCACUGAGUGUCACACAGCACUUGGUGAGACUCUUUCAAGUUCCAUGCAAACUGCUGAUUGUGAAAACCAAUACACUGUUGAGAAAAAGCCACGAAGACGAGGAAGACCCCCUUCAAAGAAACGCAAGAAACAGAAAUUAUUUGUAGCAAAUUUAGAAGAUAACACCUCUUCAUCUGUCCAGAUCUCAGAUCUCUCUCCAUGUCAAGACAGCACUGAAAGUACUUUCAAAGCAGCUGCAAGUCCAAUAAAGCAAAAAGACAUGGAUAAAAAUGUAAUUGUUACCAAACAAUUGGGAACUGAUCCCUCAGAAUCCCUUCAGAGUGCUAAUGAUCUCUUGUCACACAGCAUCCCUACAUCUGGGCAUAAAAAAGGGAAGAACCUUAAAAGUCCAAUGAGAGACCCAAAGUUAACAAGCUUGAGAGUAUCUAGCAGAACAUCUGUAACAUCUGUCAAAGGUUUUCAAAAAGCAGACAUAACUUCCAUCCCACAAAACUCCACAAAUGUGUUUAAUGAGGAAGGGAAAACAUCUUUCACUAUAUCUGGGACUGUGACAAAACAGAAACUCUGUGAAAAAAAUGCUAUUCAAGAUAGUGAUGUGUUGGCAGAUAAAAAGAUAGAGAAUAAGGCAACAAUUAAAGUACUGAGAGGAAGAAAACGUGGUCGGAAGAGACGAAAAAUUAAUGAUGGCUUGUUUGAACCUGCCAAAGGUUUACUGACAAAGUUCAGUAUGACAAGUAAACGUCCCACUGAGGACCAAAAUAAUAUAGUCACACCCGAGAAAAAUGAUAUUGAGAAAACCAAGUCAGACAAUGUUGAAAUGACUGCACCAAUAACUGCAGGGACCUGCAAGACAACACCAAAAACAGACAUCCUAUGCAGUUCUCCCAGUGACCUGUCCUCCAAUUUAAUGAAAGAAGUCAAGAAGUGCAAAGUGGAAGAAAACAGUGCAUUUGAGGUUUCCGUGCAGUCCUAUACUGAUAAUAGAGUAGUCUCAAGAGGAAUUUGUAAUUUAAUUUCUAGGAAUGUGGUCAAGGAGGAGUCGGAACAAAUUUCUCUGGAUACAAAAAUUAAACCCAACACUGAGCUGAAAUGUACUCAGGAAGCUGAUGGAGGAAGCAUGGAAAUGUCAGGAGAAAAAAUACUUGAUAACUCACCAGAGCCAGAAAAUGCAUUCCAGCCUUCUGCAGAAUGGAAGGAGGAUAGUUUCACACAGGAUAGUGAAGACUGUGUUGUAAUGCCAAACAACGUGACUAAUAACAGGACUAUAAGAUCCAAGCCUAAAGAAAUAGUGAAGAAACCUCUCACCUGCAAAUACUGUGGAGUUUCUUUUCGGCACAUUACAGCAUUUACCAUUCAUCAACGUGUUCAUACUGGGGACAAACCCUACAAAUGCAAGAUCUGUGGAAAAACAUUUUCUCAGCUGUCUAAAUUAAAGUCCCACAAUAACGUGCAUAAACAGGAUACCUCUUUUCCUUGUCCUUGUUGUAGCCAAAAGUUUUUGCAGAAAGAUGAUUUGCUAUGUCAUUUUAAAGUUCACCUGCAGAAAUCUCAAGCUAACAGUGAACCACAAAAACGCAUUAAGAGCAAGAGCAAUACUUCAUCAAAUUUGUCUUCGGAGACACCAAACAAUUGUGGGUCUCUUAUUCGCAAGAAAAACUUUGCAAAACGAGUCAAAUUGCAGGAUCACAUGCAAGUGCAUGAAGCUGAGAAGCCCUUGACUUGCAAAGACUGUGGGAAGACAUUUUUGAAAGAGUCAAGCCUCGUAGCUCAUGGAAAAACCCACUGGCCUGUUAAACCAUAUGCUUGCUCAAUUUGUGGAAAAGGCUUUAACCAACUAAAGGCCCUAAAAAAGCAUUCUCAAGACCAUGCUGGUGAGACACCUUUCUCCUGUUUUCAUUGCGGUCAUGGAUUCAGUGCCCUGUCUGCACUUAGGAUGCACCAAGCAUCGAAAACAUGCAUUGCAAGGAGAAAUGAUGAGGCAAGCAGUAACAUUGAGGGCUUCAUUGUAAGUCAAGGAGUUGAUGGUCAAGUGAACACACCAGUAUUCUUCAAGUGUCAAAUAUGCAAACAGCUUUUCAGGAAAUGGUGCCAAUACACUCUUCACCUUCAAACACACACCAGCUCUCCCCCAUAUAUUUGUUUUUCUUGUGGACAGUGUUAUGAGAAGGAUUCAGAGAUGAAUGUGCACUGUGAAGUUUGUUGCCAGUCAAGUGGGGAGGAGAAGAUUUGUGGUGCAUCACUCGCCGAAAUCUUGCAAAGUGUUACCCAAAUCUACCCUCUAAAGUGUACCUCAUCCCAGAGUCUACCAAGUACAGGAUUUCAGCUGAAUUCCCAAACACCAACCAGCUCAGAACAGCUCCCGCAACGGCCUCAAAUGGUGGAUGUGGAACCUACACAAACAAGACAUACAGACCCUUCAAAACUUCCUAAAACAUAUUCUGCUCAUUCACCCCUCAAGCUCCCAAAUGCUCAAUCACCCACUCGUUCAGAUGUUAACUAUACUUCCCCAAGUAGCUCUCUAGAAUGCAUUGAAAUAACUCUGAACUCAGAGCUGAAAUUUAAUUGUUCACGUUGUGGUCAGCGAUUCGAGAGGUACAGGGAUUUGAGUGCUCAUCUGCAAACGCAUGCUCCUGGUUUCAGAUAUACUUGUGCACAUUGCGGACAGUUCUUUGAAAGGUGGAGUAAACUAUGGCUACAUCAGCAGCGUCAUCGUCUAAAAAGCCGUUGUUACUCCUGUGCCCAGUGCAAUCUGCAGUUUCGUUUCUUUAGCUCUUUUAGAGAGCAUAUGAUUGACCAUGCCGGGCAGAGACCAUAUGCUUGUCCGCUCUGUCCUAAAACCUUCAUUCAGGAGGCAAGCUUACAUGCUCACCAAUGUGAGUCUCAUAAACUUUGUAAAAGUCUGAAAUGUGAUGUCUGUUCUAAGACUUUCAGUAGUUUAACAAACCUAAUCAAGCACAGUCUUCUUCACAAUGGCUCUACCUCUCACAUUUGUCUCCUUUGUAAUCUAUCAUUCACAAAUACAAGAGUUUUAAAGGAACACAUGAAAACACACACCACACACAAUGGACUGGCCCUCCCAGAUAUUCCAUCAAAGCCACUUGAUUUUCCUCACAAAUGCAAAAGGUGUAAAGCUAGCUUUUCAACUGGAGAUUUGCUCUACGCUCAUCAGAUACGUCAUUCUCGAGAUGCAAAGACUCACAUCCGUCCAGCGGUAUUACCUACCUCAAAACUGUCCGAUUCUUGUUGUAAUGACACAACAUCUUCCCCACCUUCCACUCACAGGAAUCAUAUAUCAAACCUCAAACUUGAUAGCAUACCCAAUGAUGACAGCCUGUAUGUUUAUUCCCACCCUGACAAGCUCUAUGUGUCCCCUUGUCACAGAGUACACAUCCCAGUCAUUGAUUUGGACCCUGAUGAACCAGCAGUCUCAGACUCUCAGAAUUCUGUUCCUGAACUUCCAAAUAGUGAAAUCACUUUUCAAUCUGACAGCUCACACCUACCUCAGGCCACUUCAGAUCAGGAAACCACCAACCUAAAUUCAAGUGAAAGCCUAAAGGUGAUGGCAAAUGGUCAACAUAAUUACAGCCUCAACUGUCAGACAAGCCCUACAUUUGUGGAGACAAGUGUUGACAUGGAAGUAGAACAACCUAGUCAAGAACAAGAGUCAGAGGAGAGUUUUGAAUGUGCAGACUGUACUGAAAAACUAACUAGCGUUUUGGGCCUUUAUGAGCAUUACAUACUUCAUGCAAUGGGAGAUGCAUAUGUAAAAGUACACUGAUCAUUGAUAAUGUUAGAAGGUAGACAUUUUCAGUUCCAAAAUGUUUUACGGUUCCAAUGUUUAAAGCAAAUAUUGGCAGAAUGCUCAACUUGAAUUUUUUACAUCUUGAACAGUGUGAAACAUUUGCUUUACGACUAUUCAUUCUAACAUGAUUGUUAGAAUUCUGAUACUGGGGUCAUGUCACUAUGCCUUAUCUCAGUUAUCUCUGUACUGCCAUUUAUCAUCUCCUUUUGUGCCUUCAGUGAGUUUUGGUUCUGUAAAAGAUCUGUAAAUAGGUAUACAUAAUCCUGUAUAACUCCUGUAUAACUCCAAAACCUCCUAAUCCUUCCUCUGUAAAAAUCGACACCAAUGUUCAACACCUUUUAAAAUUCAAUUUUGUAAUAUUGAGAGGCGGUUAAACAUAGACUAACCUUGAGUGUUCAUAUAUGAAUGUCUGGCUGGGGAAAAAAUAUACUGUUUAUUGUAAAAAUGUGUAGAUCUUGAAAACAUUAGAAUAUUUUCUUUGAAAAGAUCCAAAAGAUUAUAUGCUUUUAAGUGGAUUCUUUUUUUUUAAAAAUAAAACAUACUUACUU